AUGGCUGCCGCCGCGGUAUCCCUUAGCUCCACGUCAUGCACGCAUCGCACUCUUUCCUCCCCUGAUGAACCUCAAAAUGCUUCGUCGCUUCUGUCUCUGCCGUCACUCGCGCCUCCUGUCUCCUGCGCGAGACGACGAGCAGCACCGACCUUGCCGCGAUUCACGGCGACCGGAGCGCGUGAAUGUGCACCACGACGAGCAGUGUCAUUAAGGCGUUCGAUCGCGGCGCGAGCUUCUUCAGACGAUAGCGGUUCCGCCGAAACCUCGCCUGCCGAAGCUUCGCCGAAGCCCCCGCCAGCAGCGCAACCCGCCACGCCUCCUCCGCAGCAAGGCUUGGUGAAGGGCCAGGUGACUGCCAUUGUCACAGGAGCCGUUUCUCUCAUCCUCGCUAUAGGCUACCUCGCUUUAGUGCAGCUGCUAGACUCCAGAGGGUUGCAGAUGUUGCCUCCCCCACCGGAAGCCUUUGGCCCCUGA